UGCCCAGAGCUAUGAGGAUCAUGCGUGACGGUGCGAUCUUUGACGAUCUCCUCAACGGUGGAAUACAGUCAGCCGUAAACCGUCGGAUAGAUCAGUCCGUCAAGCUCGUCUGAUCGCGGUUUUCCCUUUUAGAAAUUAUUUCUUGAGUACUUCUUGCUUUUAUAUUCAUCACCCCUUAAACCAUGGCUGAUGAUGAGGCAAAGAAGGCCAAACAGGCCGAAAUUGAGCGCAAGCGCGCGGAAGUGCGCAAGCGCAUGGAGGAGGCCUCCAAAGCCAAGAAGGCCAAGAAGGGUUUCAUGACUCCAGAGAGGAAGAAGAAACUUCGCUUGUUGCUGCGCAAAAAGGCCGCUGAGGAAUUGAAGAAGGAGCAGGAACGCAAAGCCGCUGAACGCCGACGCAUCAUUGAGGAGCGAUGUGGCAAACCAAAGGACUUGGAUAACGCCAGUGAAGAGGUUGUUACCAACAUGUGCCGUCAAUAUCAUGAACGUAUUAAUCGAUUGGAAGAGCAGAAAUACGAUUAUGAAUAUGAAGUGUCUCGAAAGGACAUGGAGAUCUCUGAACUCAAUGCUCAAGUCAAUGACCUCCGCGGUAAAUUCGUUAAGCCAACGCUGAAGAAGGUGUCCAAGUAUGAGAACAAGUUCGCCAAAUUGCAAAAGAAGGCCGCUGAAUUCAACUUCCGCAACCAGCUCAAAGUUGUUAAAAAGAAGGAGUUCACCCUCGAGGAGGAAGAGAAGGAGAAAAAACCCGAUUGGUCGAAGGGCAAGCCAGGCGACGCUAAGGUAAAGGAGGAAGCCGAAGGUGUUGAAGCAUGAAUGAAUAUCACUAUAAAUACUUAAUUUUCCACCCACACUGAAAAAAGAUAACUAUCACGCAAAAUUCUUUUUUUGUCUCUUGUAACAAAGAUAAAUUAAAAAGUAAUAAGAUUAUAUUUUAUUCUCAUCUUAAAUGUCAAGAAAGAUAAUAAAAUACAAGUAUGAUAAAAAUUGAUAUGGAAGGAAAAGAGAUAUUCGACGUUUCAAAACAUCAGAAAUAUAUGAAAAUCGGCGACUAAA